AUGGAAGACGACCCGCUCGCAACGCUGGCCGAGCUUGCGUCGACAGACCCUGUGGCAGAGAGCCUCGACCUGAAUCCAGACAGCCCACCUGGGAAUUGGCCCGUUCGGACAGUCCGCUCACUCGAGCGUGCAAUGGUGAAAGGUGCGCUUGUGGAGCGACUGAAAAUUGCGACCUUCGGUGGCGAGCUCGCUGUCGAGUCCCUCCUCAACUUUGUUUACCAGCCAAGGUCGCAGCCACUCGAACCCACGUUUAAUGAAAAUUUCCUGCUCCUGGACUUGGCCAACAGCAAGGUCUUACCGUCUGCGCUUCGGUCACUGCGCGGUCGGCAUCCAGGCAUCUUCAUCGAAGACUUGGUGGCACGGCCUCAUGACUUCAUCGACACCAACCGAAGCAUCGCAACCCUCGACCUGUCUGGGAACUCUUUCGCAGACGAAGAUCUUCCCAAUGUACUCAAGCUUGUCCAGCUUUGUCAGCCAUCCAUUGUCAAGUUGCGAAGCAACCGCUUUGGCUAUGGCCGGUGCAACCCAAUGAUCGUUGCUUGGCUCCGCAAGACUGUAGAACUACCCUGCGUCGUGUUUGUGGACAUUGUCGGGGAGAUGUUCACGGGCGUCGAUUGGGCACCUGCAUACGAAGAUUGGCCGGCGACGCUGUGGACGAAACUGGUGUUCAUUCGACUGCAAUGGCUUGAAGGUCACGAUUGGAAAUUGGUUCACAUUUGUCCAUCCAACUUCACAGCCCUUGCCCAAGAAACCCAUCGGCUGUACUUUCUCCAUAAAAGCGCCAACCCCAUGUUCACCCUCCUCCGUCUACAGGAAGUACUGUUGCUGGCGACUCCCGAAUGGCGCGCUGCCUCGAACGCGACUGCCAUUGCAUCAUUGCAAGGAUUGAUUUGA